AUAAAAGGUGUCCUGUGUAUUCGAUCAGACACUGUUCAUUACGAGCUCUCAUAACUAACAUUAUGAAAUUCCUCAUCGUUCUCGCCGUCGCCGUGGCGUGUGCCAGCGCUGAUGUGUCUCACAUCGUGACCCCCGACUACCAGGUCCCCAUCGUCAAGUCCAACUUUGACAGCAAACCUGAUGGAACCGGAUUCAACUACGCCUACGAAGCCGGCAACGGUAUCGUCCAGGAAGCCCAAGGUGUUGUCAAGAACCCCAAUAGCGAAGCCGCUACCCUCGAAGUUACAGGAAACGUGAAAUACACAGCCCCUGACGGUACCCCAGUUGAGCUUUACUACAUCGCCAACGAAGCUGGAUACCAGCCAACCGGAAGCCACGUCCCCAAAGUCCCAGAGCACGUUCUCCGCGCCCAAGAGUACAUCGCCAGCCACGCCCCCAAAGUCCCAGAAAACAGUCUUAAGGCUAUUCUAGGGAAGCGCUAAGCAUGAUUUAAGGAAUUUGUCUGGAUUUUUGUCACGUGAAAUUAUUGCAAUAAAGUCUUAAUUAGUUAA